UUGAGAGAAUGCUUGGAGGUGAAGAAAAAACAGAGAGAAAUUGACUAGAGUUUUUGGAUUCAGAAGCCGAAAUCCUGAAUUAGCGUUUGUAUUUGGUCGUUUUCAGCUAAAGUUCUUCUUCUCAUCCUCUGUUUACAGAGGUUAUUCACAUGUUUAAGAUGUUUCUCAGUGAAUUCUGCUCGCUUUGAUUCUUUACCGCUCAAUUGUUUGCCAGAAAACCAGAAAACCUAAUGGGAACUCCUGACAAUUUUUUAUCUGUCUUUGUUACUGAACCUGUGGAAUUACCAAAUGGAAUUCAAGGUUUUAGGAUUAUCACGCAGACUAAUAUGACCGAUGUUGAUAAAUAUCAAAGGCAUGAGAAUAUUGUAAUCAAGAGUUAUAGUGAAUUUAUAAGGUUGCGAGAUAAGCUUAGUGAAGAAUUCCGGGAAAUUCCUCCGGCCCCCAAUGUAGGAGGAUUUAGUGCUAAGUCCAUUGAAAUGCAAUGUCGUGCUCUAGACUUUUUUCUAAAAUCCUUGGUUUCAGAGUCUGCUCUCCACAACAGUGUACAUUUGAUGAAAUUCUUGGUGGCAGAGGCAGUGGCAGAUGCAGAGCCGUAUGGGAAGUGUGUUCCUCGUAUGGCAGCACGCAUAACUACGGAUUUGGAAGAAAUCCCAAUAUUUGUGAACAAACUGAAAGAGGAAAAGAUGGCUGGAAACGUGGUUUUGCUUGACGGUGGAAGUCGGCAGUUGCGAAAUGAAACCGUGAAACUACUGUCUGAUUCGUCUCGUGGGUCAGCUCGCGAGGUGACUUAUUUCUGCGCAAUAUCUGGACAGGAAGAGCAGCUGCUAAAUAACCUAAAGAAGGGUUUAAGGAGGGCUACAGGUCUCUGUGUACAACUAAGUAAAAAGGUCUAUGAAGGGGAGGUCACUGAGUUCCAGGAGAACUAUAACGAUGAGAGCAACAGCUCUGUUAGCAGUAUCAGCAUUGAGCUGAGAACUACGCAAGAAGCAAAGAAGUUAAGUUUGGGAAAACGUUAUUUCGGUGCUAUACAUGGCGAAAAGGUUGCUGUGGGAGAUUCCAUAGUCAUAGAUAUUGCUAGCGGAGCAGUUAAUAACAAAGGCCCUGCCACUAAUGCUUCUUCAAGAACCCCUGGAGGAGAAGUCCACAAAACAUUAAAGAUAUUCCAGAAUGUCUCACUUCAUGAUUUGGAUAAAGCAAUUGCUACAAAGAGGAAAGAUGAAGGUAUCUAUACUUUGUUGAUCAGCCAGAACCAGAAUGUAUCAGCAGUCAAUAUUGAUGAGGUUGUAGAAAGUCUUAUUCAUAAAGGAUUGGCGAAACGAGUUUAUGGAAUAUUAUAUAUUUCUGAGGCGCACAAUCUGAAUAUUGAAUGUCUUUCCCUCAUAAGCAAUGCUUUGGAGAGCUCCUGUCUCUCGGUGUAUUUAACUACCCUUCGAGGCAUGUGUAACUUCAGGGGAGUGGAAAUAUGUAUUCCUAAUAAAAUACCUAGUGUACUGUUACCCCGUCUAAUUGUAAUACGAGCACCAAAAGAUGAGGAUGUCUUCCGAAUGACAACUUUUUGUUGGAAUAGCACCGACAGACAAAGAUUAGUGACUCCUAUUGUUGAUAGGUUAAGGAGAAAGAAAAUGAAUGAGUGUGUUGUUUUACUGGCCGGACCUCUUCAAACUCAGAAAUCUAGAUUGGCAUUUCAAGUAUCCCAAGAACUUGGAAAUGAGGAUCUCUUUUUUCCAAUGAUUGACUCAGAUGAAUACCCGGUGGAGGAGCUAAAGGAGAUCUUAGAAAGUACUACUCGCCAAGCUGUCGGUUUAAAGAUGAGAGAAAGCAGGAAGGUGUACGAAGGAGAGGUCGUUGAACUAUCAUCAAAAGCAACUGGGAGUAGCAGUGGUAUCAAUUGGCAAAGUAUACGUGACAUUGUGAUCGGUUUAAGAACCGAUACAAAGGAACAACAUGUUGAGCUCAGUGACCAGCUUUCAAAAGCUGUUAUUAAAGAAAAGGUAGCUAUUGGAGAUGUUGUUUGCAUUGAUGUCUAUAACGAAGUGGUGACAAGGAUUGGUAGAAGUCCCAGUUUUUCAGAAGAAAAAGAUCAUGAGAAAAAUGUAUAUGUGGCGCUUCCUAAAGGGGAGGUUCUUAAGGAGGAGAAGAUCCAGGAUAUAACCAUUUGCGAUCUCUAUAAGACUGAAAAACGAGGACAUGGUAUAUGUAAGCAAGUAAGAAAGGAAAUAGAAUCAGAAGAACUCACAGGCGAUAAUGUUAUAAACCAGGCUGUUAGAAAUUUAGUAGAACGAAAAAUGGUAGAACUACAACCAGGGGUUUUAUUCAUCGAUAGGGUGGACAGCUUGGAUAAAAAGAUCAUUUCCUUCAUUAGCGACAUCAUGAAGAGUUCAGAGAAUGUGUUUCCAGUAUUAAUAUUCUCCACAGAGAAGGAUACAAGUGAAUUCUGUUUAACUGGCUUGUCCGAAAAUGUGUUGGAGCAUAUGGUCAUUGUACAUACUCAAGCAUGUGAGCCGCCAGAAAUUUCUAUAAAGGAAUUAGAACCAAGGACUUUGUGUUCUGUUCCUGCAUUAGAAAAGGAGGUUAAGCUUAUUGAUUCCUUCCAGCUUGUAAACGCAUCUUUCGGUGCUGGUUCAAUAGCAAGUAUAGUUCUUGCUGCUGCAAACUCGGAGACUCCGGCACAUACCUUUGGCUUUCUGGUCGGUGCGUUUGUAUGUUGUAGUUCAUCUUUGCUUCAUUACUUAACUGGGGUUUCCGAUUUACAAAGUUCAAUCAAGAAUGCUAAAGACUCUAAAUCUACCAAGGAGAUUUGGAUAGACAGAUCAAAGGUAAAGAACUUUAGAUGGAAAGUCUUCUGGGGUUUUAUUGCGGGGACUUUCGGUAUUGGUUGGGUGAUAGCAUCCCUUUUUGCAUAUAUUUUGAAAAAAAAUUGAUAAUCCGAUUCCGAUGUUAUCUCCGAUGUUGGUUAUACUUGGUGGUAGCUAUGUGUGGUUUGUAAAAUUUUUUUGGAAGGAACUAACAGCCAUGUGGUACUGUGGGGAACAAAGAACACUUUGAGAAUUUGAAAGCGGGAGUAUAUUUCCAGCAAGUGGUUUUGGUGCUCUUCAUAAGGAUCAUUCGGGAGAUGUUUUAUCUGCUGCUACUUUUGAAAAUCUUUUUGUGUAAUUUGAUUUAAUAUAUUGUUUGUUUGUAGACUGAUUCUAUGGGAAGCUAGUAUCUUUUGGAUCCUUGACCUUUUUAUGUUUUUUUGACUAGAUUAUUUUCAUUG